AUGUCUAGCCUCGAUUUGGUGAGCUACAAAACCGAGGCUAGACAUCUCAUGCACAUCCAUGCGCUGGAAGGCUUUGCGCACUUCAGUAUCCAUCGGGCGUUCGAAGGCGUUCAGCGGAAGGAUUCCCUGGGCGGAAUUUACAAGAUUAACCUACUUGGAUACGCCUUGGAGCAGCGUAGGUGGGGCAUUGUAUGA